AUGGACGGCGGUAGCAGUGUCGUUAACGACACGUCUAACAGCACGAUACCCGUCGACGAAUACGACUACUCGGAGCGACCGGAAACGUACAUCGUUCCAGUACUGUUCGCGUUCAUAUUUUUCGUGGGAACGGUAGGAAACGGAUCUCUAGUGUUAAUAUUCAUCCGGCACAGGCAUAUGAUCAACGUGCCRAACAUAUACAUUCUCAGUCUGGCACUGGGCGAUCUGCUAGUCUUGUUGAGCUGCAUACCGUUCACGUCCACUGUAUACACGAUUGGUUUAUCAAAACUUCAAAGUAGAAUAAAAAAGCACUUGCUGUUGACUGUUGUUGGUUUCGGGCAGAUGCGGCAAGUCCGGGCCCGGAAGAAAGUGGCCAAGACUGUGCUGGCUUUCGUGCUGGUGUUCGCCGUGUGCUUCUUGCCCUAUCACGUGUUUAUGUURUGGUUCUACCUGAACCCCAAGUCCCAGGACGAUUACAACAUAUUCUGGCAUGUGUUGCGCAUCGCCGGCUUCUGUCUGUGCUACAGCAACUCGUGCAUUAAUCCCAUCGCCCUCUACCUGGUCAGUGGCACGUUCCGCAAGCACUUCGACCGGCAGCUGUUCUGGUGGAUCGUCAAGCCCCAGGGCGGCACGGUCACCGAGUCCAAGAACGGAUACAUGCGCCGGAAGAAUGGUACCCGGGAGAAAGACCGGAUCACCAUCAACGAUUCGACUACCAUAGGCAACGUGCAGAUGAGCACGUUCGCAAAACGAGCCGGUGACACUAACCACACCACUACCACGGCCACCACGACUACGGUACUCAUAUGUACAGGACUCAACGACGCCAACACCAUCAUAUAGCUAAUCACGAAGACAUCAAGCAAAAGCGAAAUUGAUCAGACACUACCUUUAACGGUUCAUACCUACCCGAUUGGCC